CAAAACCAACAAAACUCUCUCUCUCUCUUUCUAUCUCUCUCUCUCUCUCUCCAUCUUUCUGUUUUAUAAUCACAUUCACAACUGUGAGCAUUACUACCUAAAGCUGCAUGGCAAUGCUUAAAGUGCCUACUCUUCUUUACCUUUUGCUCCUAUGUCUCACAUCAGGAAACAAUCUCUUCAUGGCUAAUGGCCAGAGAACUUGGUGUGUAGCUAAGCCUUCAUCAGAUGAUGCAACCCUUUUGGCUAACAUCAAUUAUGCCUGUUCUCAAGUGGAUUGCCAGAUCCUGCAGAGAAGCAGCCCUUGCUUUGCUCCUAACAAUCUCUUGAACCAUGCCUCCAUAGCAAUGAAUCUCUAUUACCAAUCUAAGGGAAAAAACCAUUGGAAUUGUGAUUUCAAAGGCUCUGCCCUUGUUGUGGUCACUGAUCCUAGUUAUGGUAACUGCACUUUCGCAUAGAUAUCGAUAAUGGAAGCGAUUGUUAUGCUUUGAGGCAAUAUUUAGGUCUGCGUUUGGUACUGUUUCUGUAAUCCUCUGGUUAUGGACUUUAUGAAGGCUGUUCCCAAUUUGUGGCCAUGUAUUAUGCUGUAUUAAAUUAAAUCAAAUUUUACCCUUGCGAAUGUUUUUAUCA